AAUUUUUGAAUUCAAAAAUAGAUUCUGACUUCAUAUGCAAUUGGUUAAUUUAAUGCGAUACUCUAUCCGUUAUUCCCGACCAAUUAGAAUUUUAUCAAAAGUUAGUCACAUUGUUUAUUGUUUGAGACUACCGGCCUUGGACCGAACUAGCUUGAUCCUAAUCUUUCAUGUCUCGAUGACUCAACCCUAAUCGAUCUGGUUCAAUCUUUGUGGUCUCCAUGCUUUUGCUUUUCUUCUUUAUGUAUGUUCACAAUAUUUGGAUAAUAUUGGCAUACACGCGGAGAAGAGUAUAAAUUGAAUUGAAUGGAAGGCAUGGAAGAAUAAAAUCAAUAUUUCAGUGUUCAAUAACUACGAGCGUGUGGGAUGGGCUCCGGCCGCCCAUUGAUAAAGUCCGCAUUUCCGGUCAUCCGAGCUCCCGGAUUCUCUCUGCCAUGUCCGAUCAAGCUCGGCCUCCCGUCUCUAACCGACCGCCGCCUCCUGCCGGCGCUGAUGCCGCUCCUCCUCCGCCAUCCAAACUACAGCUUCCGAAUCAACCUCCCCUACCGGCAGCCGGACCCAGAUGAAGCACGCCGCCGCCGCUCAAUAAUCGCAGAACUCGUUUUCUGCGGCGCCGUAUCGGCGUUUACCAUCGCCUUCCUGGCGUUCUGCUAUCGCCGUUACCCCGAUUUCCGCGCCGAUUCGCUCUCCGUUUCCGAUUUCAACAUCUCGAGUAGUAACCUCGUCGCCGGGAAUUGGGACCUCCGAUUCACAGUCCGGAACCCUAACGGCAGGAAGACGGUCAUCAACUACGAGCACAUCCGCGCCGAGAUCUUCUACGGUAAGGUGCCGCUCGCGGAGACCGUCUUGAAGCCGUUCUCUCAGGAACCGAAGAACGAGACUUCCCUGGAGGCGAGAUUCUUCGCCAAUGGAACCUUCGUCGACGACUGGAUCGUGGAAAGGUUGAACGAGGACAUGGAAUUCAAUGUCAGAUUUUAUGCAUCGGUUUCCUUGAAGGCCGGAUGGCAGAGGUCGGAAGAACAGGACUUUACGGUGUACUGUAAGAACUUGAAGGUCACGGUUGAUGGCGGCGGCAGCCAUGGCUCCUCUGAUUCUGGAGGGCCAAAACGGUGCGCAUUCCGUAUCCCUGGCUCUUCCUAUGAGAGGUUGGGAAUUUGUAAUUACUAGACACUACCCGUGCGAUGCACGGUGAAAAUUUUAUCUAACGAUAAACAUAAUGAAAUAUAUAAAUAACUUAUAAUUAGGGAUGAAAUGAUAAGUCACUAAAUUCCAAAUUUAUUUAAAUAGUUGGUAUUAUGUAUAAAAUAAGCACGAGUCCUCUAGCUAUAUGCUUUGGUCAUUACAAAUCAAUAUCUUCAACAUCU